UGUAGCCCAAGCAGCAUGUGAUCCAGCAGCCUCCGUCCUCCAGUCUCCUGUGAGCGCUCCUGACGCUGGGUACCACACUGAAACUGAAGUGCCGCCAGGCGGAUGUUAAUGUCGCUCUCCUGAUAUGAUAGGCUUUCUUUGGCAGCCGCAUUGUUAUUAAACACUGGAUAUUGCGGAUCGCUUCAAAAGACUCACGGACUGAGGCCCAGACCUGGAAUCCAGCACUUGCUUUUGCUCCUCAGCUCCUCCCACAUAACAUCCAGCCAAACCUUCUCCACUCUCUGUCUGUAUCACCUCUCUCUGUUGCCACCAUACUCUCUCUCUCUCUCCACCCCCACCCCCUUCCCAGCUCCCAACCCUCAGCGUCCCUGAUGCCUAAGAACAGCAAGGUGACACAGCGCGAGCAAAGCCAUGAGCACGUCACAGAGUCGGUGGCUGACCUGCUCGCACACGAGGAGCCACUGGACUACAAGAACAGCUCCCUGAAUGUUGGAGGAGCUGCUGGGAAGAAAGUCCCACAGAUAGAGCUCCCCGAAAAUGAUGGACGCCCUGCCUGGAACAGCAAGCUGCAGUAUAUCCUGGCCCAGGUGGGCUUCUCUGUGGGCCUGGGAAACGUGUGGCGCUUCCCUUACCUGUGCCAAAAGAAUGGAGGAGGUGCUUAUUUGGUUCCCUACUUCGUCCUCCUCAUCAUUAUUGGCAUCCCGCUCUUCUUCCUGGAGCUGGCAGUGGGUCAAAAGAUCCGGCGUGGGAGCAUCGGGGUGUGGAACUAUGUCUGUCCCCGUUUGGGGGGGAUAGGGAUGUCCAGUCUGAUGGUGUGUGGCUUUGUGGGUCUCUACUAUAACGUGAUUAUCGGUUGGAGCAUCUUUUACUUUUUCCAGUCCUUCCAGUAUCCUCUGCCAUGGAGUGACUGUCCAAUAAGAAAGAAUGGAACUCAAGCGAUUGUGGAGCCGGAGUGCGACAAAAGCUCAGCCACCACCUAUUUCUGGUACCGUCAGACUCUGAACAUCACCAGUACCAUCGCAGAGAGCGGCGGCCUCAACGUUAAAAUGACCCUGUCCCUGCUGGUGGCCUGGAUCAUCGUCUGCCUCGCUGUCAUUAAAGGAAUCGCCUCCUCUGGGAAGGUGAUGUACUUCAGUUCCCUUUUUCCCUAUGUAGUGCUUUUCUGUUUCCUGGUCAGGUGUUUAAUGCUGAAGGGAUCUGUGGACGGUAUCGCUCACAUGUUCACUCCCAAGCUGGAGAAGAUGAUGGAGCCUCAGGUGUGGAGGGAAGCAGCCACCCAGGUCUUCUUCGCCCUAGGCCUUGGAUUUGGAGGAGUCAUAGCUUUCUCCAGCUAUAACAAGAUAGACAACAACUGUCAUUACGAUGCUGUGCUCGUCUCUUUCAUCAACUUCUUUACCUCCAUUCUGGCCACACUGGUGGUGUUCGCUGUGCUGGGCUUUAAGGCCAACAUCAUGAAUGAAAAGUGUGUCGUAGAGAAUGCCGAGAAGAUCAUCGGGUACCUCAACUCGAAUGUUCUGAGCCACGAUCUGAUCCCUCCACAUGUGAACUUCUCCCACCUCACCACGUCAGACUACGCUGAGAUGUACGGAGUCAUCAAGACGGUGAAAGAGGACAGCUUCUCCCGGCUGGGUCUGGAGCCCUGUGUCCUAGAGGACGAACUCAACAAGGCGGUGCAGGGCACAGGCUUGGCCUUCAUUGCCUUCACAGAAGCCAUGACCCAUUUCCCAGCUUCUCCUUUCUGGUCAGUCAUGUUCUUCUUCAUGUUGAUCAACCUGGGUCUUGGCAGCAUGAUUGGCACUAUGACUGGUAUUACCACGCCCGUUCUCGACGCCUACAAGGUCCAGAAGGAGCUUUUGACAGUGGGUUGCUGCAUCGUAGCCUUUUGCUGUGGCCUGUUGUUUGUUCAGCGCUCAGGGAAUUAUUUUGUCACCAUGUUUGAUGAUUACUCCGCUGGUCUGCCGCUCACCAUCGUGGUCAUCCUGGAAAACGUGUCUGUUUCGUGGAUCUAUGGCACCAAGAGGUUCAUGCAAGAUCUGGAGGACAUGUUGGGUUUCCGUCCUUAUUCCUUCUAUUUCUACAUCUGGAAGUACGUUUCUCCUCUGUGUCUCAUCGUGCUCAUCUCUGCCACUGUCAUAGAGAUGGCCAUCAGCCCACCAGGAUACAACGCCUGGGUCCAAGAGCUGGCUCAGGAGCGCUUCCAGAGUUACCCUCCGUGGGCACUGGCCAUGUGCUUUGCUCUCAUUGUGGCGGCCAUGCUUCCUCUGCCCAUUGUCUUCAUCGCCCGUCACUUCAACCUGCUGUCCGAUGGCUCCAACAAGCUGUCUGUCUCCUACCGUAAAACCAUGAUGAAGGAUAUUUCCAACCUGGAGGAGCAGGAUGAGGCGAGGUUCAUCCUUGGCGCCAAGCCUGGUGAGGCGCUGUCAUCUGCUCCUGCAUCCAGAGCUUACCUGACUCCUGGAGGGAACAAAGCCCUCGACCCCAACUCUCUCUCCCCAAAUAGCUGCUACGGAACGAGCUACCAGAACGCCGCCAUCAGCCCCACCACCCCAACCACACCUGUCACCCCUGAGUCUGACUCUUGAUUACUGUUCGGCCUGUUGAAACACCCAUCUGACACCCCCCUGUAGCCUAAUCCACUGUUCAACCACAAAGUGUCCACUGGGGGUCACUGCAACGCUGAGAAUCCCCACCACUGUCCUACUAACCUCAGAAUCAUCCCACCACAAUACAUAAACCUCCCAUUUAGCUAAGCACAGGCAUCCCUAAGAAACAGCAAGGAACCACCUGUGAACAUGUCCCAAAUGUUUCACUCUGUCCCAGUAAUGUGCUGGACAGGUAGUUAGUCUGUAAAUUUACUUUAGCCAGUAUGAGAAGACAAAAUUCGGUAUUUCUGUUCUUAAAACUCACAGUUGAUUGAAGAUACAGUGUGAGAUUGACAGCACAGAUACAGUGCAGCUGUAUCCGCUGCUGUUCUGUAUGAGACAGACUUUAAUGUGACCAAGUUUGUGAUGAGGCUUCAGAUGAGGUUCUGUGGUCUGCUUUUCUUUGCCUUAGCAUAAGGAUCCUCUGCAGACACAGCACCGCUGCCACAGGUCCAGCAAAAUCCACGUCCUGCCCUGCACAGUGCAGGGAAGCUGAAGGAAUGUAGUGUGACCUAUGUGCUCCGGUCUGGUCGGGAGCCAUAGCUUUUUGUUCAGUACGGUGGCACAUAGAGCCAAGAUGAAUGUGAGUUUAAUCUUUAAGGUUUAAAGCCUUUCAGUGUUUGCUUUGCUGCCCUCUGUAGCGAUAAUGUGUGUCAAAGCCAUACGGUCUGUCUAACACUAAAAGGUUCCUUGAUUUUGUAUUAAAACGUAUGCAGUAACUCUUGUGUGUAUAUACCUAGAUGAGCAACCUCUGUUCAAUUUAUAAUAACACCACUUAUGCACUAAACUAGACAACACUUCUCAUUGUGUAGCUUUGUUUUCAAAGCCAAGUUCAGAGGGCUCUCUGUAUUGUAAACUAUGCUUCAGGCUGCUGUAAAGACACCAGUUUAUGUUACAUGUUGCUAUCACACAUAGGCGAGCCUUUCUCCUGCUGUAUUUUGUGUGUAUCCAGUGUUGUUCUCGUUCAUUGUGUAGGAGUGACAUGAUGUAACAUGACAAGGAUAUUAUUAAUGUUUGUGUAAUCUGGAGGAGAUCCAAAACUAGAGUCUCAUCACCCAUGUUAAACAUUCUGUAGCUUUGCUGUAGAAACGCACUAAUUUCAUUAACUCCACCAAAGAACAAGAUGUAGAUAAUAAAACACUUGAACAUCACACAUUUAUACAGCAUAAUAGAAUAGCCAGCUCAUCUCUGCGCUCAUAAUGUGGAAGGUGGUGUUGGCAAUCAGCUGAAAAAGAGCUUGAUUUAAGCUCUUGAAACACAGAGCAAUCAAAUUUCUUCAUUGACAACAGCAAAGCCUGUUUGUGAGGAUCUGAAAACAACAAUCUGAAAAAUACCUUGUAAGCUGGCAUGAUACAGAUGUGACUUUCCUCUAAAUGUACAAAAAAGCACAAAAGAGACUUAAAGGAUUAAACUUGCACAAGUUGGCCAUUGCCCCUAAUUAAUAAGUAAAGCAAGGCACGUUGUUUAUUUUUAGCAUUUAUGCACAUGUCUAAUUAGUGACAGCUAUUAUGAAAUGGCCAAACUGGAGAAUCAGUGAAUAGAUUUGGAGCACAAACUAUAAUGCACAAACUCUGUUAAGAGUCAAACAAAACCACUGAAUGUCAAUUUGGCCUUUACAAGCACAACAUAGAUUCAUCAUUUCAACAAAGAAAAAAAAAAGACGAAGAAGAAGAUUCCUUCACUUAUCCUGUACAGACCAAAAAAUCAAAAGAUGACACUUAUUAGUGCAAUUGAAAGAAUUGUGUUUUUAAAUUAAUUGUAUGCUUUAAUAAAGCAUAAAAUUAAGCAGCUAACUCUGUGAACAUUUUAAUGCUUGAUACUAUCAAAAAAUAAAUAAUCAAAAAAUGAACUAUAUAGUGUAAUUAGUCUUAUAUUCCUUGUCACAUGCACAGAUUCACGCUCUCAGUUGCAGCGCUACUAAAACAAGUUGAGUAGCUCAGUCAGGCCACAGCAGGCUUCCGCCGUAAAGAAGAUUUUUUGGACUCCUGGUUGAACCAGCAGAGAAUCUUAAGUUUUCCCAAAACACGUCUGACUCCCGUUCACACUGGCACUCAACCGCAGUCACCAACAGCAAGACAAGUUCAAAAUGACCUCACUUUAGUUUGCGUUAUCUUGAAGAGGAUACCUUCAUUUAUUUUUUUAACCACAGUAUUCAAAGCCAUGACAUCAAGGAUUAAAUGGACUAUAUUUAUAUUACUGUAUAUUUGCAGUGUACCUUGGUGUGAAUUCUACUGAUGAAUAACAGAUUUUAUCUUUUAAAAGUGACCAGUAUAUAUAUUUUCAUCUUGUGUAAUGUAUAUUUGAAUUGUAUAGUUAAAGACUUAUCUAUUUUGUAGUUUCUGUAGCCAGGUCUUGUUAUGGGGCAUGGAGGAGGUAUGAUGUCUACCAUGUGUGGUGUCAGUGUAAGGAUUUCUCCUCUGAUGUAGUCAGAGGAGCUGUGUGUCUGUCCAGCUACGCCUCCUCUUAGAUCAAGUGCACUAUCUCACCCGUCUCUAUUUUAGCUUUACUGGUCGACUCUGUUUUGUUUCUUGUCUUGUUUUAGUCUGAGGGAGCCAGGCAGCUCCUCACCAUGUAGAUAAUCAUUUAAGUCUGUAAAUAGUCCUGUGUAAUCGAGCUAUUCUGAGAGAUAGAUAUUACUAAUGUGAAGUGUAUACAUGUCUUAAAAAAGUACAAAACUGUUUUGACUGUAAACGUGACCUAAAGUAAUGCUGAAUGUGAAUAUGAAUGCACUUUUUUCACUUGGACUGGAAAAAUGUUUUCUUUUUUUCUUUUUUUUUUUUUUGUCGUCUUCGUAGUAAGUUCAAGGUUUGUCCUCGCAUGGCCACAGUCUGUUAAACUGAUAUCAAGUGAUGUGAAGUGCAGAAAAGCAACUGUGGCGGGAAGAAAAGCUUGACACCUGACAGUGAGCAUAUUGGCAGUGAUUAGGAACUGCCCCUAGAAGAUAAAGGGAUGCUGUGACUCUCCUUUACAAGUGCUGGACUGUGUGUGUGUGUGUGUGUGUGUGUGUGUGUGUGUGUGUACCGGUUUGUAGACUCCUUCUCAUUAACUGUGGGUGCAGGGCCUUACUGAGCACAUGUUGCAAGCACUGUCUGUACAGGAGGCACAUUAUUUAGAAAAAUGUCCCUUUACAGCAUCUCUCACAACAGAGAGAUGGUUUUUCUCCUCAGUCAUCAUGAUUACAUAAUGUUGAGACUUAAUGUAAAAAAACAAAAAAUGUAAAUUGUGGGCAUCACCAAAAAUAUCAAUAAAGACUAAACAA